AUGAGGAGUUUGGCCCUAUUGCUGCCUCUGCUUGGUAUUGUUGCAGCGGAGAUAUUCUUCAAAGAGGAAUUUCUUGACGAUUCAUGGGAAAAACGAUGGGUACAGUCAAAGCACAAGGACGACUAUGGAGCGUUUAAACUAUCUGCUGGCAAAUACUAUGAUGAUGCUAAGAGGGACCAAGGAUUGAAAACUAGUCAAGAUGCAAAGUUCUACUCACUAGCAGCCAAAUUCCCCAAAAUAAAAAUCUUGUUUCAGAAGUUUACCAACAAGGGAAAAACCGUCGUAAUCCAAUACACGGUAAAGCACGAGCAGGGAAUCGAUUGUGGUGGUGGCUACGUUAAGGUCAUGAGUUCGGAUGUGGAUCUUAAAGACUUCCAUGGUGAGACUCCAUACAAUGUCAUGUUCGGCCCUGACAUUUGCGGACCGACAAAGAAAGUUCACGUUAUUUUCUCGUACAAGGGCAAGAACCAUCUCAUCAAGAAGGAUAUCCGGUGCAAAGAUGAUGAGUUGACUCACUUGUACACUCUUAUCCUCAACCCUGACAAUACCUACGAAGUCAAGAUUGAUGGUGAAAAGGUUGAGAGCGGAGAGUUGGAGGCAGAUUGGGACAUGCUUCCCCCCAAGAAAAUCAAGGAUCCUGAUGCGAAGAAACCAGAAGAUUGGGAUGAGCGGGAAUACAUUGAUGACGCUGAUGACAAGAAGCCAGAAGAUUGGGACAAGCCUGAGCACAUUCCUGAUCCAGACGCGAAGAAGCCUGAUGACUGGGAUGAUGAGAUGGACGGAGAAUGGGAGCCUCCAAUGAUUGACAACCCUGAAUACAAAGGAGAGUGGAAGCCCAAGCAGAUCAAAAAUCCCGACUACAAGGGCAAAUGGAUUCAUCCCGAAAUCGAUAAUCCAGAGUACACGCCUGAUGACGAACUGUACUUGUACAAAGACUGGGGAGCGAUCGGUUUCGACCUAUGGCAGGUCAAGUCUGGCACUAUCUUCGACAACAUUCUUGUGACGGAUUCCGUUGAUGAUGCUAAAGCUCAUGCUGCUGAGACGUUUGAAAAGUUGAAGGCAGUCGAGAAGGAGAAGAAGGAUAAGGCUGAUGAAGAAGAGCGAAAGAAGAUAGAGGAGGAAGCCAAGAAGAGAGAGGAAGAGGAAAAGAAGAAAAAGGAGGCGAAGGAAAAGGAAGAGAAGGAAGACGAGGAUGAGGACAAGGAAGAGGAAGCUCAUGACGAACUCUAA